AUGAUACGUGUUGGCAAAAAGAACCAGUGUCGGGGAUUACAAGCAUAUUUGGUGACGGAUGAUAAUCCAGAGAAGCACAACUUUCUCUCCAAAAUUACCAGUGUUCUCCAUUCCUUAAGACAGAGCGCCUUUUGGAUAGGUGCUAGCGACUACACUAUAGAGGGGUCAUUCCGUUGGCUGGAGACUGGAUUCCCUAUAGGGAAUUUUUCAGCGUGGGGCGCUGGAAAACCCACCAGGAAUAUCACAAACAACUGCGUGCGCAUGUUUUACCAGGGAGACCAGUUUAAAUGGGAGGACUACAACUGUAACGACCGGACAACGUAUUUCAUUUGUGAGAAACAAGCUCAAACAGCCGUAGUGCAAUGAUCCGGUGAAUUGGUCGAAAUAUCUCAAUAAAGGAAAUAUAUAUG